CAAACGACGCAGCGUGAAGCGUUCCGUCGGCAGUGCAGCGCCCGUUCAUCAUCAGCAGGGCACCAACAACAUCUACAACUCAAACUCGGCCUAGCUACAUGUGCCUGUUAGUGAUUAUCCGUUAGUCUGGCCGCAUCAUUCAUAGCGCAACGUCAAGAGUUAUCCUGUCGCUAGGACUCCUUUGCUCUGUUUAGUUUCACACGAAACACGAACGCGUUUGGACGCAAGUUUCUGGUGCCCGGCGCUCUAAUCAAGCAACAUAGAUUACAAGAUACUAUAUUCAUGCAAAAACAUUAACCAAGUGAAAUGUUUCAAGUGCAAAUUGUGGCAAAAUACUAGUAGAAAGAAAGAACAAAAAACAUUCGUGCUAACAGGAAUAAAAACAUUCAACAAAUUUCCAAUCAUAUCUAUAUAUCUUUGUGAAAAUGGUUAUGUCGGAGCUACGUUGGCACACAGCUAGUCCCGAGGAUAAUAACAAUUCCUUGAAGCGAGACUUGCUGAAGACGCCGGCCAGUGGGCGAGACGCUGCAGUGCACAUUAUGCAAAAUCGAUAUAUUAGCCGCCUGUCGCGCUCGCCGUCGCCGCUGCAAUCGAAUGCCUCAGACUGCGACGACAACAACUCGAGUAUGGGAACAUCCAGCGAUCGGUGCCGCUCUCCCCUGAGUCCGGCGCUGUCGCUGUCGGGACAGCACAAGCGUCAACACGGCGUACUGCAACCGCACCCGUUACACGUUCUUCAGGAACAGCAGCAAAAGUUGGAGCAGCAGGACGAGGAUGAUGGUAACGGUGGUGCCCUGAACCUAACCAGCGACAACUCUCGUCACAGCACACAGUCACCCGCAACGUCGGUGAAAUUUACACCCAACCUCACCCCUCCCCCGCCCGCGCCAAUGGUGCCAUCACCCGUGCCCACAUCGAUGGCGGCAGCUGCAGCGGCUGUAGCCACCACAGUGGCUAGUGGUAUUUCCCCACUUUUGGCCAUUCCUGGUCUUUCAUCCCCCCAGGCACAGUUUGCGGCUGCGGGCUUGGGACUCACAAAUCCGGGGCUGCUCGCGGGUGCUGCCAUCUCGCCACAAGAUUUUGCGCAAUUCCAGCAACUACUACAGCAGCGCCAGGGAGCCCUACAGCAGCAGUUCAGCAGCUAUAUGGAGUUGCUGCGUAGUGGAUCACUGGGCGUGGCCCAGGAUGAUCCUGCCCUGACCACACAAAUGGCCGCUGCACAGUUCCUCAUGCAGAGCCAAUUGCAGGCAUUGAGCCAAGCCAUGCAGCAGCUACAGGCACUGCAAAAGCAGCAGGAGUUGCAGCAGCAGCGGCACGAAGAAAUGCAAAUGGACGAGCCACUACCCCUAAGCAAACCAAAGCCAGAGCUACGCAGCUCCACGCCCCAUAUGCACCGUAGUCCUGUGCACAGUCCUGCAAGCUCCCCGCUCUCUCUGUCGAUGUCCCACAUCCAUACGACAGCGCAGCAACAACAAUUGCAGAUCACACCGCCAAACUCAGCCAUUAGCCUCAAGAUGAGCGGCCUGCUCACUCCCAGCACGCCGACGAGCGGAACACAGACACCACAUCAGCCCAAGACAGUGGCCAAUGCUCGUGCUGCCGGCGAACCCUCACCUGAGGAAACAACUGAUCUCGAGGAGCUGGAACAGUUCGCCAAGACUUUCAAGCAACGACGCAUUAAGCUGGGCUUUACGCAGGGCGAUGUUGGUCUGGCCAUGGGCAAGCUCUAUGGCAAUGAUUUCUCGCAGACCACCAUCUCGCGGUUUGAGGCGCUUAAUCUGAGCUUUAAGAACAUGUGCAAGCUGAAGCCAUUGUUGCAAAAGUGGCUGGACGAUGCCGAUCGCACGAUACAGGCAACAGGCGGUGUCUUCGAUCCAGCUGCACUGCAAGCAACAGUCACCACGCCCGAGAUAAUUGGACGGCGCCGCAAGAAGCGCACAUCCAUAGAGACGACAAUACGCGGGGCCCUGGAGAAGGCGUUCAUGGCUAAUCAAAAGCCGACGAGCGAAGAAAUAAGUCAACUGGCCGAUCGCUUGGGCAUGGAGAAGGAGGUGGUUCGCGUGUGGUUCUGCAAUCGGCGCCAGAAGGAAAAGCGCAUAAAUCCGUCCCUGGACAGUCCAACGGGUGCUGACGACGAUGAUGCGCCCUACAUGAUGCACUAGGUGGGGCCAUAGAUUAAAAAAUCUAGUGCCGUUUGGGGAGCAGGCAUCCAGAGCAGCGUUAUUUGAAUUAAGACAAGGUUCAAAAGCACAAACACAUCAAACACUAGCAUAAUUUUCCAAUUUGGUGAGGCUCAUUAGCCCGGAGCCGCAUGGUUUGUAACCGCACUUUUGUUUAUGUUUAAAUUUAACGGAAUACCAAUAUCAAUGUAUUGUAUGUACAAAAAGCAGCUUAAAAUCGCUGCUCAAAAGAACUGCGUUCAGUUCCCUUGAGCACCGACAUUUAUGCAAUUGAGAAACUUGCAUAAAAAUUGAAUGUUUUGCUUCGUUAGACAACGACUUUCAAUUUUUAGGCAGAUUUCAAAUAUUAGAC